UGCGUGAUGGAUUUGGCAUUUGGGAAUUUGUGACAUUGGCGGAGGCAAGAGGUAGAUUUGCAGCGGACUCCAGUAGGAGAUAAGCGAACGUACCUACCACAAACGUGAAGCAGCAAACGAAGCUCCGAAAAUGGCUGCAGCGGAAGGGGCGACCCUCAACCACGUAUCCAGAGAGUCCUCCGACAUACACCGGCUUGCCAAUUUCUAUCAGGAGAUUUUUGGGUUUGAGCGAGUGGAGAGCCCCAAGUUUGAAUUCAACGUGAUAUGGCUGAAAUUGGGCGGCUCUUUCUUUCUGCACCUCAUAGAAAGAAACCCAGAGACCAACCUUCCUGAAGGGCCUUGGAGCUCCACCUCUGCCGUAGCUGACCCCAAGAAUCUCCGCCGAGGCCACCAUAUCUGCUUCUCCGUCUCCAAUUUCGAUUCCUUUGUUCAAACCCUCAAGGAAAAGGGAAUUGAAACGCACCAGGUGACUCAGCCAAAUGGAAAGACCAAGCAAGUAUUCUUCUUUGAUCCAGAUGGUAAUGGUUUGGAGGUUGCUAGCAUGUAAGCUUCAGAACAAUAAGCUGGGCUCUUCACCGUAGGCGUGGAACAACAAAAAUUAUACAUAUAUAUAUAUAUAUAAAUUUAAAUAUAAGGGCAGGAAAACCAGAUGUCCCUGAAUUUGGAUGUGAAAUGGUAUGCAACUGUGCUGCCCCGUAGUGCUUAUAUAAUGCUGGUUCAGUUUUGUGCC